UGUCCACUGUAUUUCUCUAUCGUAGGGUUUAUGGUAUACAACAUUCACCACUCUUUUUCCUCCAUUUUUGCUUCUCUUUACAAUCUUUCAUAGUUUCUCGAGGUAUGCUUUUAUUACUAUCAAUAUGCUAUAAUUUUUUUUUUUUUUUUUUUUUUUUUAGCUAUAUGCAUAUUUUACAUUCUUGAUGCAAUAAUCUUUUAUCUCUUAAUGGCAAUAGGACCAGCAAGAAAUCUUUUUUAUCUGUAUUUAUCUAAGAAUAAUCUUACCAAGUUUAGAUUUUUCUCAGUUUCCAGUAGAUUCCUACAUACCCAUUUUACAGAACCAAAAAAAAUUCAAGAUUUUCACAUUUAUAGACACCCUUUACUAACCCCACCUCAAUUUUCACCUUUAUGUGUUGCACAAUGGAAAAGAUUGAAUCUUUUUCAUUUUUAUGGACACCCUUUUUCCACAGUUGUGGAAAAUGAGGAUAAUGAAUCAGAAAUUUGUGAUUUAGAUGUGGAAGAGAAUGAGUGUGAAAAUGAUGCAUUAGGGUUUGAGAAAAGAUUGAAUUUUGUUCAAAUAGCUAGUCGUGAUCCGGUCGAAAUAUAUAGGGAGCUUAGGGAGGCUAGCAAGUGUGAAAAACAAACGCGAGCUGAUUGGGAUACUUUGAUUGAGAUUUUUAGAUGUUUUGCUAAGUCCGGAUGGGCUUCGAAUCAGGCUUUAGCUGUGUAUAUUGGGGCUUCAUUUUUUCCUACAGCAGCGCAUAAAUUUCGUAACUUUUUCUUUAAGAAGUGUAAGGUUGAUAUUGUGAAGUACUUAGUGUCGCUUGGUCCGUGUAUUGAAGCUGAGAAGUUUCUGUUUCCGAUAUUCGUUGAGUUUUGCUUAGAGGAGUUUCCUGAUGAGAUAAAGAACUUCAGGAAAAUGGUUGAGUCGGCGGAUUUGACAAAGCCGCAUACUUGGUUUCCGUUUGCUAGGGCAAUGAAACGCAAGAUCAUAUAUCAUUGUGGUCCCACAAAUAGUGGUAAAACAUAUAAUGCAUUGCAACGGUACAUGGAAGCAAAAAAGGGCAUUUAUUGUAGUCCUCUAAGGUUGUUGGCUAUGGAGGUUUUCGAUAAGGUGAAUGGAUUAGGGGUGUACUGUAGUCUUCUUACCGGGCAGGAGAAAAAACACGUCCCUUUUUCUAAUCAUGUCGCUUGCACGGUUGAGAUGGUUUCAACCGAUGAUAUGUAUGAUGUGGCAGUUAUUGAUGAAAUCCAAAUGAUGGCGGACACACAUAGAGGUUAUGCAUGGACGAGGGCGUUACUGGGGUUAAAGGCUGACGAAAUACAUGUUUGUGGAGACCCAAGUGUUUUGGAUAUUGUUCGAAAAAUCUGUAGUGAAACUGGGGAUGAGUUGGUAGAACAGCAUUACGAGCGGUUUAAGCCGUUGGUGGUUGAAGCAAAGACACUUUUAGGUGAUUUAAAAAACGUGCGAUCAGGGGACUGUGUUGUUGCCUUUUCAAGAAGAGAGAUAUUUGAAGUCAAAUUGGCUAUCGAGAAGCAUACUAAUCACCGCUGUUGUGUAAUAUACGGUGCCUUACCGCCUGAAACACGAAGACAGCAAGCUACUUUGUUUAACGAUCCGAACAAUGAGUACGAUGUUUUGGUUGCCAGUGACGCAGUCGGAAUGGGUUUAAACCUAAAUAUUCGAAGAAUCAUCUUCUACACCUUGUCGAAGUACAAUGGUGACCGCAUUGUUCCCGUUCCUGCUUCACAGGUAAAGCAGAUUGCUGGAAGAGCAGGUCGAAGAGGAAGUCGAUAUCCGGAAGGACUAACAACAACUUUACAGUUGGAGGAUUUAGACUACUUAAUCGAGUGUCUGAAGAAGCCGUUUGAUGAAGUUAACAAAGUUGGGCUCUUUCCUUUCUAUGAGCAAGUUGAAUUAUUCGCGGGGCAAAUUCCAAAUUCUACAUUCUCCGAGCUGCUUGAUAGGUUUGGUGAAAAUUGCCGUUUGGACGGUUCGUACUUCUUGUGCCAGUAUAACCAUAUAAAAAAGAUAGCUAAUAUGCUUGAGAAAGUUCAAGGACUAUCUCUUGAAGAUCGCUUCAAUUUUUGCUUCGCCCCUGUUAACAUUAGAGACCCGAAAGCUAUGUACCAUCUUCUGAAGUUUGCUUCAUCGUAUGCACAAGCGCUGCCUGUUAAUAUAGCAAUGGGCAUGCCGAAGUGUUCAGCUCGUAAUGAUUCGGAGCUCUUGGAUCUUGAGACUAAGCACCAAGUGUUGUCAAUGUACAUGUGGUUAUCUAAUCACUUUGAAGGUGAAAAGUUUCCUUAUUUCAAAAAGGCUGAGGCAAUGGCAACAGGGAUUGCUGAGUUACUAGGUGAAUCACUAGCAAAUGCUCGUUGGAAACCAGAGUCGAGGAAUCCCGGGAAACAACAAAAAGUGUUACCGAAAUCCCAAGGAGAACUCAAGGAACAGCUUUCUAUCAACACCAGCAGUAGCCGCAGAAGGUUGCAGCAUGAUGCUGCUAGUUUAGCAGUUCAUGUACCAUAGAGACUUAUACAGGCGUCCAGCAAAGCAGAUAGUCUUGUACAGCUCCCAGAUAUAGUAGACUAGAAUUAGAAUUAGAAUUAUAACAAGGAAGAAGAGGCAAGCUUCAUCCAAAUGUUAUCAUGGUUAGGUCCUUCUGGAGGAUGCAUUCUUUUUGUGCUUGAACUCGCAUGUUUAGUCAUGAUGCAUCGCGUUCAUCAAAGUAACGAAAGAUUCAGAAGAGAAGAUAUCGGUCCUGUUCAAUCAUUAACUACUAGAAAGCUUUUGGAGAUUUUACGACUAUAAGAGUUUUUGGGAUUUCAAUACAUAGAAGCUGCGUCAAAAUCUAGCAACGUCUGAAUCAAGUAGAGGCGGAUUCGAGAUUUAAACUUGAUGUGUUUAACUAUCAAGUUAUUAGAACUGAACUCAAUUACACUUCUGAAGUUAUGAGUCGAAUUUCAUAUUUGUUGAAAUUUAGUGGUUAUUCAUAUAAAUGUUGCAUCUGGCCUGAGAAUCGAGAGGUGGUGGAUUCUGAUGCUUAGUGUAUUUGUUUUGUUAGGUGAGCUAUUUAUCUUAGUCACUUUUGACUAUUGUAUGAGUCUUUUAUGCUGUUGUAUUAUGUAUAUCAUACAUGUAUCUUCUUGUGAGAUCUAAGGGGAUUCUUGAACUAACAAUAUUUUCAGGCUCUUAUGUCAAAGAAUAAUGUCAUAUAAGCUGUCUUUCCUGUAAGGUAUUAUCUUUGA